GAUAAUAGGAAGUGCAGAUUGCUGAGGUUACCGCGGUUGCUACAAUAUAUCCAAGAUGCCGUCGAUCAAACUGGCUAGUUCCGAUGGUGAGGUUUUCGAUAUAGAUGUGGCUAUUGCAAAACAAUCCGUUACUAUCAAAACUAUGUUGGAUGAUUUAGGGUUGGAGGAGCAAGGAGAUGAAGAGCCAGUUCCCCUCCCAAAUGUUAAUGCUGGAAUUCUGCGUAAAGUUAUUCAGUGGUGCACUUAUCACAAAGACGAUCCACCACCCCAGGAAGAUGACGAGAACAAAGAACGUCGUACAGAUGAUAUUCCUAGUUGGGAUCAAGAGUUUCUUCGUGUCGAUCAAGGAACACUGUUUGAGUUGAUGUUAGCAGCCAACUAUCUCGAUAUUAGGGGACUCUUGGAUGUAUGCUGUAAAACGGUAGCUAAUAUGAUCAAAGGAAAAACACCAGAAGAAAUACGCAAGACCUUCAAUAUUAAGUGUGAUUUCACACCCCAGGAAGAGGAACAAGUAAGUGUGUAGUUAUAGACUUACGUCCAAAAUAUACCGGUGACUUAGUAAAAAUAUUCGGCGACACUAUAAUUUGUGGACAAACCAAUCAAAUUUAUGACAACAGGUCUUGGAUUUUGGCGCGAAAUCCAUUCAUUUGGCUAAAUAGCGUCUUGGCAUUUUAGCUAAUGCCAUUUCGUGGUAAAAACCUCUAAAUCUGGUUCCUAACCCUGACCAUCAACUUCCUAGGUAGAAGGUUGACAUUCCCAAGGUCAAUUUGGCGUCUCUCAAAGGUCGUCCAUAAAUUAUAGUCCCAGUGAAUAUCCUUUCAAAAACCAUUUAAAAUACUAGGAAGCUUUGUAUACAUACUUUUAUAGUUCAUCUCUUGACUAAAGAAUACGAUACUCUUACUGUGCCGGCAAAAUAUGUGGUUUUACGUUUAAGAGGAAACAUCCUUAUCUUAGAAGUCAUUAAUACGUCAUGUUGAUAAUCACUAAACAGGUAAUACACUCCGUAUAAUAUCUUUUAAGUAACCAUUUACGAACACAUAUCAUUCAUGAUCUCAUGUUUGCUAGCCUGUUAAUGCAAUCAUCAGUAAAUAUCAUCAACUUAAUUGCCGUCUCAUCAGUUCAUUAUAAUAGUUUUUACUGUUGGAAAAGUUAUUUAGAAGCUAAUUAUUACAUAUUCACAAUUUAGUAAUUUCCAAGUUGUCUAAUCCGAACAAUUUUUAUCGAUUUUUAAAUAAUGUUCUAUCCCUAGGACAUCGCUAUAUCUUGGAGCCGUUUAACUCAAACUUAUUUAUUUGCCUAUCCCUUACUGUUUCUCAUCUUAUUGAUAACAGCUUAUAUUCAAAUCAGGUAACGUUUAUGUGUAUGCAAAGUAGGAAGAUUGCUAUCUAGUAGAAAACGUCAGUUUAGUACUUCUCACUAAAUGACCUUAAUGUUUUGUUAUAAGUGAUGAUCGAGAGAGAUUUAGUAGUAAUUUGUUCAAUAAAUAUAACGAAUACUCUUAGAUACGCAAAUAAGUUAACUGAAUCCAAAAUAUCACCCUGUACAACCGAUAUAAGUACCGACUGACAACACUUCAACAGUAAUACGCUUUAGCGGAUAGAUUCAGGGAUAGUUCAGACGUACCAAAAUUUUUUAAAAGAAUUUUCUUGGUAUCAAAAAAGGUUAAAGUCCUACAUCUAUUUUUUCUUAAGCUGGUUAUGAGCCAUACUUCAAAUGUGGAAACUAGAGAUACUACCCCGGUUGCUCAAAACGAAGUAUAUGGAACGGGGCUCAAACCUGGAGAUUAGUGGCUGAAAGUCUAACGCUUUAAUCAUUACGCCACUGAUCCACUCGUCUGUAGUACAUAUGAAUAAAUCAUUUCUUUGUUCAAUGAUUUAUUUCCUAUUUUUCCAUGUUUUAUUGUUCUUUUAGGUUAAGAAAGAAAAUGAAUGGUG